AGCCUCUGAGUUAGCCCUGACCGUGAGGUUAGUGGAAACGCUCUCUGAAGAGACCUUCAUUCAGGGCCAAGAAACCAAGUCUGGAACAGAAACUUGUGUGAAGGGAGUCAGGAGCCAGGCGCCUGGAAAAUCGUUUUCAAGGACGGAAGAUGGUCUAGUGGUGCUUCUCCCAAGACACGUGAAUAAGUGACAUAGGCUCCCCGGUGAUACCGAGUUCUAAGACUCCACAGUACAAUGACUCAAGCAGAAAUUAAACUGUGCUCUUUGUUGCUGCAAGAACAUUUUGGUGAGAUUGUAGAAAAAAUUGGAGUCCACUUAAUCAGAACUGGCAGCCAGCCUCUUAGAGUAAUUUCACAUGACACAGGAAUGUCACUGGAUCAGGUGAAAAAAGCCCUUUGUGUCCUCAUCCACCAUAACCUGGUGGUGUAUCACGUGCAUAAACGCAAUGUGGUGGAAUAUGAAGCCCAGUGCAGCCGAGUGCUGCGAAUGCUUAGGUAUCCCCGAUACAUCUAUACUACCAAAACGCUAUACGGUGAUACUGGAGAGCUGAUUGUUGAGGAGCUCCUGUUGAAUGGCAAAAUGACAAUGUCAGCUGUUGUGAAGAAAGUAGCAGACCGACUCACAGAGACCAUGGAGGAUGGCAAGACCAUGGACUAUACUGAGGUAUCAAAUGCAUUUGUGCGACUGGCCGACACUCAUUUUGUGCAGCGCUGUCCCUUGGUGCCUGACAUUGGCAGUUCAGACCCUGGGCCUCCACCACCUGCUCCCAGUCUUGUCAUUAAUGAAAAGGACAUGUACUUAGUUCCUAAGCUGAGCUUGAUAGGGAAAGGUAAAAGGAGGAGAUCAUCUGACGAAGAUGCUGCUGGGGAGCCCAAGGCCAAGAGACCAAAACAUACAGAUAACAAAGAGCCCAUUCCAGAUGAUGGGAUUUAUUGGCAGGUCAACCUUGACAGAUUUCACCAACACUUCCGUGACCAAGCUAUUGUGAGCGCAGUUGCAAACCGAAUGGACCAGACAAGCAGUGAGAUUGUGCGGACCAUGCUCCGGAUGAGUGAGAUCACCACUCCCUCUAGUGCUCCCUUCACCCAACCUUUGUCUUCUAAUGAGAUCUUCAGAUCUCUACCUGUUGGUUAUAACAUAUCUAAACAAGUUCUUGAUCAAUAUCUCACUCUGCUAGCAGAUGAUCCACUCGAGUUUAUUGGAAAGUCUGGUGACAGUGGUGGAGGAAUGUAUGUCAUCAACCUCCAUAAAGCAUUAGCUACCCUUGCCACUGCUACUCUGGAGUCCGUUAUACAGGAGAGAUUUGGGUCUCGCUGUGCCAGAAUAUUCCGUCUCGUUUUGCAAAAGAAACACCUAGAGCAGAAGCAGGUGGAGGACUUUGCAAUGAUUCCUGCAAAGGAAGCAAAGGAUAUGCUAUAUAAGAUGCUCUCAGAAAACUUCAUCUCACUCCAGGAAAUUCCUAAAACACCAGACCAUGCCCCAUCUAGGACCUUCUAUUUAUAUACUGUGAAUGUCCUGUCAGCUACCCGAAUGUUGUUGCACAGAUGCUAUAAGAGCAUAGCCAACUUGAUAGAAAGGAGGCAGUUUGAAACCAAAGAGAACAAGCGGCUACUAGAAAAGUCUCAGAGGGUAGAGGCCAUCAUUGCCUCAAUGCAGGCCACAGGCGCAGAGGAGGUGCAGCUGCAAGAGAUAGAGGAGAUGAUCACGGCCCCUGAGCGCCAGCAGCUGGAGACACUGAAACGUAAUGUGAACAAGUUGGAUGCCAGUGAGAUCCAGGUGGAUGAAACCAUCUUCUUGCUGGAGUCAUACAUCGAGAGCACCAUGAAGAGACAGUGAGUGACUCAGAAGCAGUGCAGGGGAUCAGGCCCAAAGCCUGGCACAUGCUAGCCAAGCACUCUAUCACUGGAGAUGUUCCCCAGCCAAAAAGAAGCAUCUUUUCCAAAAGAUCUAGGAAGACAGAAAAAUAAAGAAGGCACUUGGGUGCAUUCUUUGCAGUAGA